AUUCUAUUCAAUAAUAAAAGCCAUAAUUUAUCAAUUAACCAGUGAUUGAUAACACUUGGAUAUCAAAGCGAUGUAUAUACCUCAAAUUGAUAAGAAACAUUAGUCGAAAACAAGUACAAGUACAAUAGUCUACAUCACCUCUCCCUAAUUGUGAAACGGUCUCUUUGAACCGCCGAGUGAUAAGACAGCAAUUGAAGAGUAUUUACCCUAUCAUCAUUGUCAGUAUCGCGUCACCUGCUGCGCCGUCUCCAUCGUGUGCUUUUUAAAAAUUUUAAAUUUCACGCGGGACACAUGUGAGUGCAAAUAUUAAUCACCCAAUUGCCGUGCUACAGUGGCCGAUAAAGACUCAAGUGAUUUCGCGAUGAAUCAUCUCUCUGAAAGGAAAGUCUGAAUUAUCAGAGACGGUGCAAUUGAAUCCGAUUGAAGGGGCAAACGAGACGAAUUGUAAAUGGAAUCUCACGAGAUUGAUAAGAACAGCUCAUUAUUUGGAUUUAAUCUACACAAAGACGAUGAUAAUCGUCACAAUACGAAACGACCGAUGAUUAAGAAUGAAUACAGAAAGUCAAAAAAAUUAUCGCGUUAUAGUGCGGCAACGAGAAAUUUCAUUCCAUUCCGAAAAACGGAUACGAUUGAUAAUGCGUCGGUUGACAAUGCUGGAUUGUGCUCAACGCUGUUCUCAUGUUGGCUAACGAAAUAUUUAUGGCGUGCUUAUCGCGAUAAUGGAUUAACCGAUUUACCCAAGUCCUCGCCGUAUGAUUGCUGCGAUUACAAUGUACAGAGGCUUGAGGCACUUUGGAAUGAGGAAGUUGUGAGAAAUGGGUUGAGUGGGGCAUCAUUUUCAAGAGUCACGUGGAAAUUUAUACGGACUAGAACACUCAUUGCUCUUCUUAUCACAGCAAUGUCGGUUGUAUUCGGCUUUGUUGGAUCAGCCGUUGUUAUGAGAAAAAUGCUUGAAUUAAUUGAAUCACCAGAUGGUGAUGUUAUGACGGGUAUUGGGUGGGUGUUGGUGUUAUUUUUAAUGGAUGGUUUGAAGGUAUUGCUGCAGUGUUGGGCGUGGAUAAUGAGUUACAGAACUGCUCAGAGAUUCAAGGCUGCCUUUAUUGCUACUAUGUAUAGAAAACUGAUUAGAACCAGUAAUCUCGGCAACAAAGAUUCUGGAAAAUUUAUUAAUAUGAUGUCGGCAGAUGGACAGCAGAUUUACGACUUGUGCCAGUACUCACCACUUUUUUGCAUAAGUCCAGUCGUUACGAUAUUAAUUGUCAUUUAUAUUUUGUGCAUUCUAAGUCCUAUGGCACUCGUUGGAUUUCUUUUCUUCCUCUUGUUCUAUCCAUUGCAGUAUUGCAUCUCUCGCCUGAUUGGGUACUUAAAAAGGAAGAGUGUUAAAGCAUCGGAUGAUCGGAUAUCAGCGUUUAAUGAGAUCCUUAAUGGGAUUAAACUCAUUAAAAUGUAUGCGUGGGAGGAUCCAUUCAGCGAAAAUCUCCUGGCUAUCAGGAGCAAGGAGAAGGCGCUCUUGGAGAAGAUGACAAUGGCUCGAAGCUAUGGAUCUGCAUUCUCGAAUACUAUCACCUUAGUAUCUGCCAUUGUCACCUUCCUGGGGCAUGUGGCAGGUGGAAAUAAUUUAACUUCAGCGCAGGCAUUUCCAUUUGUACUGAUGUUUAAUACUUUGAUACGCCACAUGAUUUCCUUCUUCGAAGUUGGAACAUCUACACUCGUCAAUUCAAGAGUAUCAUUCGCUAGAAUGAAGGAUGUCCUGAGCAUGCCGGAAAAUCAUUAUUCCAUUCACAAACCGAUAUUAAAAAAUCAAGCUGUAUCAAUUAUAAAUGGGACAUUCAGUUGUGAUUUCGAUGGCGGAAGUCUAGACCGUAAAAAUGGAAAGGGCAGAAAAAAUUCAUCGAAGGAGACAGACCCAGAGGACGAGGCUUUAGAAAUUCCAUUAAUACCAAAACGGAUUGACAUUCUCAGCGACAUAACAUUCGAGGCUGCGAAAAAGCGAUUGAUUGGAAUAUGUGGGAAUGUGGGGAGUGGUAAAAGCAGUUUAUUGAGAGCAGCCCUGGGACAAUUGCGGAUAACAACAGGAAAAUUAUCUAGGGACGGAAGUUGUGCAUAUGUCAGCCAACAGGCAUGGAUAAUCAAUGCCACUUUCAAAGAGAACAUUAUUUUUGGCAACGGCUUCGAUGCACAGCGAUAUUACGCUGCGAUAAAUUUGUGCGAACUCCAAGAGGAUCUAGAGAUGCUGCCAGCAGCUGAUGACACUGAAAUUGGUGAGAGAGGAGUCAAUCUGUCCGGAGGGCAAAAGCAGAGGAUUGCUCUUGCACGAGCUUUUUAUGCUAAUCGCGAUAUUUAUUUUCUGGACGACCCCUUGAGCGCAGUGGACGUCAACGUGGGUAGGUGCAUAUUCGAGAACCUGAUAAUCCAUGCCCUGAGCGAUAAAACGAUAAUAUUCGUGACACAUCAGGUAUCGUACCUGAGUCGUUGCGACGAAAUUUACAUGCUGAACAACGGGAGAAUCGUGGAAUUCGGUGCGCACACGCACCUGGUGAAGGCAGGAAAGGAAUAUGCGGCAAUGGUCAGAAGUAUUUCGACAAAUAGCACAUCAAGUGGUGGAGAAUCCGAGGAGAUCGAUCAGGAAAAUCAGAGCUCCAGGAAAUCCGGUGUCAAUGAAGACCGAGAGACCAACUCUGUAUGUCCCACUUCCCUGGAGUCUCCGACGAAGAUUCUCCAUCAGAAGGAGAAAGAGGCCCCGAGGGAAAAUGCUACAUUAAUAAAACCAGAGGCCAAGGGUGGGGGGUGCAUUAGGAUUGGGGGUGUAGAUAUUUCCACUGUCCAUCUUCGGGAGUUGAGGAAGGGACUGUCCAUCAUCCCCCAGGAUCCCAUGAUUUUUAGUGGAACCAUCAGGUUUAAUCUUGAUCCUGAGAAUCAGAGGAGUGAUGAAGAGAUCUGGAUGGCACUGGAGAGGACAAAGUUGAAGGAUAAGGUGAGGGUGAUGUCUGGACAGCUGGAGGCUGUCAUUGAUUCGGGGGGGACUAGUCUCAGUAUGGGAGAAAGACAGCUACUUUGUCUUGCUAGAGCUAUCCUCCGACGAAAUAAGAUUUUAAUUCUGGACGAAGCAACAGCAUCUGUGGAUCCCCGGACAGAAGCUAUUGUCCAGAAGACUAUCCAACAAGAAUUUUCAGACUGCACUAUUUUGACGAUAGCCCACAGACUGCAAACAAUUCUAUCUUGCGAUAGAAUUCUUGUCAUGGAUGCUGGGGCUAUUGUAGAAAUGGGAACUCCUGACGAUCUACUCAACAAUUCGAAUUCUGUAUUUUCAAAUAUGUUGGCAACUGCCCAAAAACGUUACCAAUGAGAUUAUUAUUAUUCUUUUUUUUAAAUAUACUGGCGUCGCCGUGGUCGCUGAAGCGACCGGGACGUUGAAGAAAUUCUCCUUUUCAAAUGCAUUUGCGAAUGUUUUGUGAGAA